AUGAGUUCCAUCCGGCGCAUGUCCCCAACGGACCUCCUCUCCCUGAAUCUUACCAACCUCGACCCGCUGACCGAAAACUACGACCUGGGCUUCUACCUCAACUACCUCAUGCGAUGGCCCUCACUCUUCAGCACCGUCAAAGACCGCACAGAAGGCAUAGUCGGGUACAUCAUGGGCAAACUCGAAGAACAACACCCUUCAAUGCGCCACUCGGAACACUACACCCCCUGGCACGGACAUAUCACCGUGCUGACUGUUGCCCCAGCCUGGCGACGUCUGGGCCACGCGCGCCGCCUGACCGAGCGACUCGAGCAGGGAUCCGAUAUCAACGACGCCUGGUUUGUUGAUCUAUACGUGCGCGCUGGGAAUAAGGUCGCCGUGGGGAUGUACAAGGGGAUGGGGUACUCCGUGUUCCGGCGGGUGGUCAAUUACUACAGCGAUGACCCGACGGGGAUGUCGGAUUCGGGCGAGGAUGCGUUCGAUAUGCGCAAACCGUGCAGUCGAGAUAAGAAAUUGCAGCAUAUACGCGAGAAUGGGGAGGAAUUUUUGGUGAAUCCGGAGGAUGUUUCGUAG